ACGGAGUACCUCGUUUCGAUACUAAAAUAUCGUCAUACACAUCAUCGCAACCCACCAGAUUCAUAUGAACUCGGAUGACAACAUAGCAUUAAUUAAAUGCGUCCCAUUGCGGAGCACGAGCGCCGUGCUCUGCGCGAAUGGCAUCGCACUCAAUACCCACGACCACGCCAUGCUGCCUGUAUCGAUUGGUUCGAACGGCAAUUCCACCACCGCGUCAGCCAGUCCACCGUUUCCGAGUCUCUAAGCAAUCGCUAUAGCUACCUCGAUAGUCCUGCUCCGCCGCGGUUAUCUUCAAAACCAACCUUCAAGAACCGCGCAGGACAAUGGCCUCUUCUUGAGGCGAUUCUGGUCGACUGGCAGCGGAAUUUUGAGCAGAGGGGAGGCCAUACCACGGGCCAAGUUCUUAUUGACAAGGCUCGUGAAAUUUGGCCAAAGCUUCCGCAGUACAGUCAACUUUCUCCGCCAAGAUUUGGCAACGGCUGGCUUGCUCGUUUUAAAGGCCGUCACAAUAUUCGCCUCUACCGACAACGAUAUGACUUUUCAAAUCCAGAACAGGAUGCUGCACAUGAUGAAGAAGAGGAUCCAAUCGACCGCAUCAUAGAAGCACAUCUUGCAAAAAUCCAAUCUAGCUUGGAAGCUUCAGAACCUCGGGACCAUGACCAGGAUGGCGGUCCCGAGGAUGACGACCAUGAUACCGUGCCUGUUCCACCAACACCAAUCCUAGCAGCUCCUCCUCCGCCGCCACGGAAUCCCAUGCCACCUCUGGCCCCUACGCCCACUCCGUCCCGUGUGGCUCCUUUGUCGAUUCCAACGCGCGAAGAAGCUCUGAGUGCGGUCAAAGUUCUUUUGCGAUAUUUAGAACACGAAGAGACAGCUCUGUAUGCUGAUGUCAAAUGUUUAACACGGCUUGAGCGCUCAAUGGAGCAAGGAGCUGUUAAUACGCAGAUUUAGGUCACGUUACUUGAGCA